AUGGAUACCCUUUAUUCCUCGACAUGUCGUUCCCCUUCAUAUUCUGUUUCACCAUCAUCUUCUUCUUCAUCAUCGAUUAAUGGGCAGAAUCAUCAACGACUAAACUUCUCUUCUUGUAUUGCUAAAAGGGUUUUACCAGCUAAGGUUUCUUUUUAUUCUCGAAGAAAUUCUCAUUUAAAUGUGGUUCUCAAUCAAGAUGGUGCAGUGGCCACUCCAGUGACCCCAGUUGAAAAUGAGACUCCUUUUAGGAAAUGGAAAGAAGGGUUGUUGUCUUCAGUUCCAUCAACUGAGGAAAUUAAAGAACCAGCUAGUUUUGAUCAAAAUAAAGAUGAGUCAACUGUCAGUAUCACUGUGGUUGGAGCAUCUGGGGACCUAGCAAAGAAAAAGAUAUUUCCUGCACUUUUCGCUCUUUAUUAUGAGGGUUGUCUCCCUAAGCAUUUUACUAUCUUUGGUUAUGCUCGGAGCAAGAUGACUGAUGCUGAACUUAGAAACAUGGUUAGCAAGACCCUUACUUGCAGAAUUGAUAAGAGGGAGAAUUGUGGUGAAAAGAUGGACCAAUUUCUUAAGAGAUGUUUCUACCACUCUGGUCAAUAUGAUUCUCAGGAAAACUUUGCUGAGUUAGACAAGAAGCUGAAAGAACAUGAGGGUGGGAGAGUUUCUAAUCGCCUCUUUUAUCUAUCAAUUCCUCCAAAUAUAUUUAUAGAUGCAGUAAAAUGUGCAAGCUCAUCAGCUUCAUCUGGUAUUGGCUGGACCAGGGUCAUUGUUGAGAAACCCUUUGGCCGAGAUUCAGAUUCCUCAGCUGCUUUGACAAAAGCCCUCAAACAAUACCUAGAAGAGGAUCAAAUAUUCAGAAUAGACCACUAUCUGGGAAAGGAGCUUGUGGAAAACCUAUCUGUUCUUCGCUUCUCUAAUCUCAUUUUUGAACCCUUAUGGUCAAGGCAGUAUAUCCGAAACGUACAGUUGAUAUUCUCUGAAGAUUUUGGCACUGAAGGACGUGGAGGGUACUUUGACAAUUAUGGAAUAAUAAGAGACAUAAUGCAGAAUCAUCUGCUUCAAAUACUAGCCCUCUUUGCAAUGGAAACACCUGUCAGUCUGGAUGCAGAAGACAUCAGAAACGAAAAGGUCAAAGUUUUACGAUCGAUGAGGCCUUUGCAACUUGAAGAUGUUGUGGUUGGGCAGUAUAAGAGUCACACAAAAGGAGGAGUUACUUACCCAGCAUACACUGAUGACAACACUGUGCCAAAAGGCAGCUUAACCCCAACAUUUGCUGCGGCCGCUCUCUUCAUAGAUAAUGCAAGAUGGGAUGGAGUGCCUUUUCUAAUGAAAGCUGGCAAAGCAUUACAUAAUAAGAGUGCUGAGAUACGGGUACAGUUCAGGCAUGUGCCUGGCAACUUAUACAACCGGAAUUUUGGAACGGAUCUUGAUCGGGCUACAAACGAGCUUGUUAUUCGAGUGCAGCCAGAUGAAGCUAUCUAUUUGAAAAUCAAUAACAAGGUUCCUGGAUUGGGAAUGAGAUUGGACCGUAGCAAUCUGAAUCUUCACUACGCAGCAAGAUAUUCAAAGGAGAUUCCAGAUGCAUAUGAGAGGCUUCUGCUGGAUGCAAUUGAAGGGGAAAGGAGAUUGUUUAUCAGGAGUGAUGAACUGGAUGCAGCUUGGUCCCUUUUCACCCCUGUUCUUAAGGAGCUUGAAGAGAAAAAGAUUAUCCCCGAGUAUUAUCCUUACGGUAGUCGAGGCCCUGUUGGGGCUCACUAUCUUGCAGCAAGAUACAAAGUCAGAUGGGGCGACCUUAGUAUAGAACAAUAA